GUCAGCGUUGUCAAUCACAUCUUUCACUCCAUAAUCACACUUAGUUGGAGCUUCCAAACUACCCGCGACACACAUCGCAAAGUGGACGGCAAGCGGUUUUCUUGCUUUAACAAACGUUGCCGCCAAUUGAGCCAGAACCAGACUCCAAAGUUACGAAAUCAAUGCCAGUACCUUUCAGGGCUAAAGAUCAGCUUAAUCACGACUUGGACGCAAGUUCGCCAUGGCAAUCUAAUACGGCCCAAUGUUUGCCCGGUCAUCCACGAAUCCGUUUAUCCGAUAUUCAGAGUCUGACUUCAUUUCUCGAGACCGAAAUAUACUCUAAUGACUUGGAGCAAAUGGCGCCCUACUUUUGGUUGAUGUCCUGGCGCCGCAGCUCAAAUAUAUCUCCUUUACAUCGUCAGAUAGUCAAGGGCCGGGAUAUAGUCGUGGCCGAGGAUCCAAGUCUUCAUCUUGUCUGGCGUUCGAGUCGGAUUCACAUGAAGCCAAUUCCAGCGUAUUUACUAAAUUACGCCUUCUGGAAACAGUACCUUUUAGAUGAUGAGUCGCCAUUACCGGGAAGAAGGCGUGUUCGAAUCUUGAGGGCGGCUCUCGGAUAUAUUCGCACCUAUUAUUAUUUGAUAGGACACGAAUCCGAUUAUAUCUUGGCCCAAGAAAAGCACUUGAUCCCAGGUUCUGUGUCAUGGACGCAAUUCUGCGCAUUCACAUCCAACUUCAGUGCGAUUGCAGAUGGUGAGGUCUCAGACCGCUACACCUUUGGAGAACUCCGCCUGCAUAGGUUGAAUUUCUAUUGCAAAUUUAUUCUGGGCAAAUUCCGCAUUCACAGACUACCUACAACCUACGGCGCAUAUUUUUCUAGAUUUUACGCGCCACUUCUAUUUGUCUUCGCCAUAUUCUCAGUUAUACUUAACACCCUUCAGGUGGAGCUGGCAGCCGAAUCACUUACAUCCCAGAAAUGGUCGAACCUUUACACGAUAAGCCGUGUGGUGUCGAUUUUGACGUUAACAGUUUCGCUUGGCCUACUCCUUUGGGUUUUCAUUCUUUUAUCUUUCAGGUUCACUUUUGAAUGGAAGUAUGCUAUU